AUGGCUAUCGCAAACCCAAUUCUCAACUUCGUCGUUCGCGGUUUCCAAGCUCUUUUCGGUGUUGUCGUACUUGGGAUCUCCGUCUCUUUGAUACGCGGUCACCACUGGGGUAGCCUCCCAGCCAGUUUGGGCUUCUCCGCUUUCGUGGGCGGCGUCACGAUCUUGGGAGCUGCUUUGGGGGUCGCUGCUCUAUUCUUGACCUUCCUAGAUGGCAUGGUUGGCUUGAUCAUUGACGCCUUAGUUGCUCUCAUCAAUGCGGCAGGUGGAAUCGUACUCGCUAUCAAGAUCUCUGGUGUGGACUGCAACGGUGACAUAGACUACCACAGUGCUGCCAAGAUAGUCUUCAACGACAUCUUCAAUGGUGGUUGCCGCCGCGAUGAUCAGUGCUGGUACUGGUUCACCGACCCUGAAGCUAUGGUAUCGAGGUUCCCCGUGCUUAUCGCCCGUGGAUUCCAAGCCAUCUUCAGUGCCACUGUCUUCAUUAUCACCAUGCUCUUAAUCACUGGAAACAAAUUCGGCCCUCUUCCACAUAUUCUAGAGUUUUCGGCUGGAGUGAGCCUAGCAACCUUGAUCGCUGCGCUCUCAACGUCUAUCUUCCGUACUUCUUUGCAUCCCUGGAUCAGAAACAGUAUCGACGGCGGCAUCUUGUCGCUCAAUAUGGCCGUUGGUACUGUAAGUUUACAUCUACCCAAUGCGACCUUGAACCAUAGGCGAGGCCACUUUAUGACUCUUUGGCUUUAG